GCGACACACCUAGUAAUUAGAACUGUCGACGGGGCUGCAAAAGCUCAGUUGAAAGCUCGGAUGCGAGACCGAAACGCGUAUCGUCCUACUCUAUGCGACCUUAUACUUUUGCAUUCCUCGAGAAUCGUUUGCGAACACGUCUAUAAAGAGCGAACAUGGGAAACAAAGUGGCGACGUUUACGGAGGAACAGCUGGAGGAUUAUCAGGAUUGCACUUUCUUUACGCGUAAAGAGAUUUUGAGAAUAUUCAAACGAUUUCGAGAGAUGGGUGACUCGGGAACGAUACCACGUACUAUGACGCCUCAACAAGCAUCGGGUCUUCGCAUACCACUUUCAUGUUUGACGCGUAUACCGGAGCUGAAAGAAAAUCCGUUCAGACAACGUAUAUCGGAGGUGUUCACGAGACGUCAGAGUACAGGACAGUCCUCAACCGCCGACACCGAAGGGAUCUGUUUCGAGGAGUUUCUCGAGAUGAUGUCGGUUUUUUCGGAGCAGGCUCCGCGGGACUUGAAGGUCUUUUACGCCUUUAAGAUUUACGAUUUCGACGAGGACGGUGUGUUGGGUCCCAACGACUUGGAACAUUCCUGCCGGCAGUUGGUCCAAGAUGGUCUGAACGGCGACGAGGUGGCCACAGUAUGCCGGAAAGUUCUCGAGGAAAGCGACAUCGACGGCGACGGUGUUCUGUCCUAUCUAGAAUUCGAGCAUGUUGUCACAAGAGCUUCGGACUUCAUGGCGACGUUUCACAUAAGAAUUUAAUUCUGCUCGCCCAUGGGGAGUAAUAAAACUAUUUCUGACCAAUA